CCAUACCUUCCUUGUUCACACUGAAACUUGGAACACUUUAGCAGUUUCUCAAAGGAGGAGGAGGGCAGAGCAGCUUCAACCAUGGAGAAGAGCCUUGUAUCGGUAUUGCUUUUGCUCGUCGCCGUCUCGUACAUUUCAGCGAAAGACACUACUGUGAAAAGUGAAAAGAAGGAUGUAAAAGAAACCCGUCCCAAACUGCCCCAGACUCUCUCCCGAGGCUGGGGAGAUCAGCUUAUCUGGACUCAGACUUAUGAAGAAGCUCUCCAUAAAGCCAGGACAAACAACAAACCUAUAAUGAUCAUCCACCACUUAGAAGACUGCCCUCACAGUCAAGCACUGAAGAAGGUAUUUGCUGAACACAAAGAGAUACAGAAAUUGGCUGAGAAGUUUGUUCUCCUCAAUCUUGUUUAUGAAACCACAGACAAACAUCUUUCACCAGAUGGCCAGUAUGUUCCCAGAAUCCUGUUUGUAGAUCCGUCACUGACAGUUAGAGCAGAUAUUACUGGAAGAUAUUCCAACCGCCUCUAUGCUUACGAGCCUUCAGACAUUGCAUUACUGUAUGCAAAUAUGCAGAAAGCUCUGAAGUUGUUGAAGACUGAAUUGUAAAAAAAGAAAACAGACACACUCUCAGGUCUUCCACCUCUAUCGCAGCGUAUGAAAAAAUAGUUCUCACCGAAGAGAAUACGUAGACUGCCCUAGGAUAUGCAUAUCAACAACUCACCGUAUGCAUAACUUCCAGGAGGAUAACUGUGUUAUAAAUACUCAUUUGUAACUGUGUGGUAUUAUGUAUUGAUUGCUUUUAUAAAAUAAGACUAAAAACACUGUAUGCUCUUUUCUAUAAAUCAAGAUUAAAAAGAAAAACACUUUA